AUGGAGGAGACUGCCGGCCUUAAAAUCUGGGAAUGUGAGGAUUAUGGUGUGUCUUCAUAUCAUAUUGGAACUGGUUUUGGUCAUUUUGCUAUUGCAACUCCAAAUGUUUACAAGUUGGUUGAAGACAUCCGGGCCAAGGGUGAUGUUGUCACUAGAGAGCCUGGUCCUAUUAAAGGUGGACAAUCUGUUAUUGCCUUUGUGAAGGAUCCUUAUGGUUAUGUUUUUGAGCUUCAAAGAGGUCCAACUCCUGAGCCACUCUGUCAAGUAAUGCUUCGUGUUGGCGAUUUGGAAACUACUGGCACCAUCUAUUUUAAGCGAAUCUUUGCCCAUGGAUGUGUAUAUUUUAUUAGAACUCUUGUUAUUAUUACUAUGUUCUUGUAA